AUGGAGUCUGGGUAUGCUUUUGCUAUAAGCAAAAGGCGUGAUUCAGAUAUGGGGCGAAUUAGUAAAUUAGAGCCUUCCGCACCAUCUGAUCGAUCAGAUAUUACGGAAGAAUUCAAAAAAGAUGAAAUGGGAAAAGAUGAUUUACGGAAGAGUUCAUUUUCUGCUGUUGAAGGAUCAAUCUAUGAUGACGAUUCUCCAUUGCUCACCGAUUUUACUACGUCCUCUAUAACUUAUGUCAGCGAGCGUAUAGAUUCAUCUUCACUCGAACUCAUGGCAGGAGACAGCUUUGGAGAUUAUUUGAAAGCAUCUGCGACAGUCAACGUAAAAUCGGAUGGAAUGAAAAUUGAAGCACAAUCUCCAGGGUCAGGCAUUUCAUGUGUUACAACGGCGAGUGAAACGCUAGACUCCAGUGCCCAUGAAAUCGAGAAAGCUCAGCAGACUAGUGGAUCGAUACAGCACGAUAUUCCAACGGAAUACGAGAAAUCAAUUUCACCAAGCGACAAUGCUGCAUCUGAUUUUUCAACUGAAUCCGCUACCAAAUACAAUUUACCUUAUGACACUGAAUCCGAUAGCCAUGAAGUUUUAUCAGGACUACCAAAAAUACGCGACGAGCGUACAAAAGUAGAGGAAAUCCAAGAUGUUAAGAUAAUAAAACCUUGCAAACUUAUGUCAAUGGAUCCACGUCAUGAAUCAGCUUCACCACAAAGUGAUAUUACCGAAUACACAGAAAGUGUAUCUUAUGUAGAGUCAAUUAUUGACAGUACAAAUUACGAGAACGCCUUAAAACAGAAAGAAAAGCAAUUGGAACAACAAAAGCAAGACGAAAAGAUCGAUGCACAAGAGAAACAACUUAUCGUAAAAAGUAAAGAACAUCAUGACGAAAAGAUUAUAAAAAGCACAGAUGAAAUUGUAGCCGAAAAGAAGGAAUCAACUCAGGUAAAGAAAAAACCCAAAACAAAAGCCACUGUGACAAAAAUCAGCUUACAAAAGCAAACGCCUAUCGAAAUUUCUAAACAAUCUAGCAAAACCGUGGACAUCAAAUCAGCUUCGAAGAGUGUCGAAUACUCAUCCAGUACCAGUCGGACAACAACGGUUUCGCGUACUUAUACCAGCACCAGAACACACGGAUACAUGCAAUCAACGCUUUCGCGGGACCAAAAGGUUUUAAAGCCACUUAAUUUAGCCGAUUCGACGCAUUCUUCGCCGGCAAAGUCUUCCUACCGUUCAGCGUCGAUUGGAUCACAAUUAGCUGAGAAGAAAACCAAAUCUUCCAGAGAAACUUCCAGUGGAAAACCGGUGAGAACAGCUACAAAACUAGCCAAUCAAAUCGACUCUGCCGAAUCAAGCACUGUGAAAAAACAACAGGAACAUAAAUCAACUGUUCAAGGCACAAAGUAUUCACGAACUUCCACUGAUCGUUCUGAUCGAACGACCAGAUCGUCAACGUCGUCUUUCACUAGCAGUACCAGUCGAUAUCGCUCUAGAAAAUCAACAGAACCGUUCGAAAAACAAGAACCUACUAUCAAAAAAGCUGACAAAGAGCAGGCUAAUCAGGCUACGAAGACUACGGUUAGUACUUCCAAAAGUACCAAGGAGCGUACCAAUAAAAGCUUGAUACCGGUGAAAGUUACCAGCGCAAAGGGAUCACCGCGAAAAGAACCCCCAGCGAAAACAACUGUAGAUAAAUCUGCAACAAAGAAGAUUAGCCAACCAACGGAAGAGAAAACUACACAAAUUAUGAUCAUUACUACAACCAAGUCCGUUGAUACAAGUGUGACCGACGUGCAAACGACAAUGUCAUCCAAGAUUGGCUUUGUCAAAACGACACCUCGUGUAACGAAAACCACACACAAGUCCGGUGAUUUGAAGCAAGACGAUACGUACCGGUGCAAAUCUGCCAUGCACUACUCGUACAAAGAUGCCGUCACAUUCGAUCACGCCGAAAUUCCGUCUUCUUUGCCAUCUAGUCCGAGCCGUCUCAAUAAGAGUUCCUCCAACAGUACAAAUGUAUUGACUAGCGAAGUUUUUACACGCACGAUCGACUCGUCGAAAUCGAUCGAAGUUAUCUACCGACAACCGUCGACUUCAAACGAACUGAUACGCAAGAUUAACGAGUACCGCUACAACGACAUAGACUUGACCACUGACUCGAGCCUUUCUGACUCCAUCGCACUCCCGUCAUCAUCCUCUGAGCACGAAAACGACGUGCUUGGUAGACGCAAACGAUCCGGAAGUCCUGCAUCGCCCAAGGCACAUACUGCGACAUCGUCCGCCCCACCACCAACUACGGCCACCGUAAGCCGUAAGCAGGGCCAGGUUGUAAGCGAGCAAAGAUAUCGUAAGUCGGACAUUUGGAUGCGUACCGGUCCCCCGCCGGAAGUGCUACCCGACGGUGACGAUGGUGAGAUCUAUCAGACACUGCAUGCUGAUCGUCGCACUGUAGCAUCGCUCGACGGGAUCGUGAUGGAAAAUCGCAUCUCGCCGAUACUUGACUUCCGAGCAUCCACGCCGCCUCGUCUGAAGUAUAAGUUUGAUUACGAUAGUUCCCUGUUUACAGAAAUACCGGUCAUCGCCAUCACCCAGGAGUGUUCCGACGACGAGGAACUGGAUGAUGUUUCCAAGUUAAACAUCAACGAUGCUCACACGGACACGGAAGAUUUGAUCAUGGAACAGGAUACAGUUCGCUUUCGAAAGGGCACGAAAACCGGCAACGCUAUGAUCGAUGCAAUCAAACCAACCAUGAAUGGUUCGGUGACGGAUGUCGAAGACUGUACUGAUUCAGACGAUGAUGACAGUGAAGCGAAAUCUGCCAAAGAAGCCGACAUCGUGCUGGAUAGAUUCCUCGAUCAAGGUUACGUAGAUGAAACGACCAGUGCCGAGAGUAAAGGAGGAAAACCAAAGCUACUAACACGAUCCUGCUCAAAAGCAACCGAGUCAAAUACGCUGCGAGUGUUCACCGACGUGAGCAAUGCGUUGACCGACUGCGAAGAUAUGUCCGACGACGAUGAUUCAUUGGGUAAAGUAUCGAUUCCGGACUGUCCAGAAGACAUCCUCGCAAGAGAUAACGAAAAUGAUGCAGUCGCAAUUCACAACGUCGUAAGACGUAGACAAGAUAAGCACUUUCACAAGCAAGAACCGGCAAAGGACAGUUCGUCGGAGUCGGACACUGCGGACAGUAAUGUGCGCCACCGAAAGUGUCACCGGAAAGUGGAUGAACGGCCAAAAUCGGAGUACGAAAAUCUAAUGAUGUCCGAUGACGAAAUGGCGGGAGCUUGUGCCAGUGCCCAAAUAAAUCGACGAUCGGUGUUAUUCGAUGCAGAGGAACUGGUCAUGGAAAGUAGUGAUGUUGAAGAAGAUAGAACGAACGUAUUUCCCGAAAUUAAUAUUACAUUCGUAGCAAAUGAGCGCAAUUCCCCCAUUGAGCAGCCUAAGAAGAAAAGACCUUCUUCCCUGAUGGUACAAGCUCCAAAUCCGGAUGAAGCGUUGACGGAUGUAGAGAAUCUAGACUCAUCCUCCGAAAGUGAAGAUGAAAAAGGAACACCAGUUAAUCGUUUAAUUCCCAUAGCAGUCGUUCGCGCUGGUAAAUCAGGCGGCAUCACCGAUGUAGAGGAUUUUAACGACAGUGACGAUUGCGAUGAGCUUGAGCCAAAAAGAGAAGUUGGUUCUGAAUUUUUACCUUCUCCGGUGCGAGAAAUCGCUAUCCUGAAGCAGAAUGCAUCCGGCGAGCAGAGGCAAAACGUGAUGCCACUGUUGACAAUUCUGACACCGGAUCUCGAACAGGCACUAACCGAUGUUGAGGAUAUGUCUGACAAUGAGGAUGGAGAUGAGAUGUAUGACAGCUCUAAGUAUGCUAUUGAGAACCUGCCGGAAGCAGUACACGAUGAUGUUUACUCGAGUGAUAGCACCCGUAUAAAUAGUGCAAAAUUGGACGUCAAAGGCGUGGUGGGAGAACCUAUUACCGAUACAGAAGAUCUGGUUUUUGAUCGGAGCGCUUCCAAUAGCGGCACUGGAAGUGAGCUGAGACGUCGCCGCAAGCCAAAGCAUGGUCAUGGCUCUUCCGCCAGCGGCAUGUGUCAGUCUUACAAAGGAAAGAAGUUCCUGGAUAUGAAAGGUGCAGCUGCCCCGGUAGCUACUACCGAUACUGAAGACCUGUAUCUUAGCGAUGAUGCCAAGGAAUGUGAAUCUAACCGUACAAAACAACGCCGUGCAACAAUACAGUUUGCCAUCAAUACAGCGGCGAACGAAAAUGAUGGCAAAACCGACGUUGAGUUCCUAUCCGGUGAUGAGCUAACAAACGAGCGUACACUGCAUUCUCCUCAGUUGUUCCAUGACGGGUUUUCAUCCAUAAUUAAAACACGAGAACAUAAUGGGCCAUUGGCGAACCGAAUAGUGGAUGUGACACCCGUCCCGAUGAUUCGUCAGAUUUCUCCCAGCCCGGACACACACUGCAAUUGCAAUACAGACUGCGAAGACAUUCAGGGUGUAUCCGACAUAGAUGACGAAACUUACUCACGGGCUCAAACGGCAACUCCGAUGGAGUUGACACGACAGUUACAAGAAAGUGGAAGAAGCGAGAUUUAUGACACAAGCACCCGCCCGAAGAGCGAACUAUUGGACGUAAAGGGUGCGAUGGCCGGUGAUAUUCAAGAGAUUCACACCGACGUAGAAUUUCUGGACGAUGACGGAGCAAACGGAGUAGCCGAUCAAUCAGUCGUAACAUCAACGGCCAGUUUUCAUUUCCUGCAUCAUAUAAUCAUAUCGCCAUUAGUAGGUCGAAGAUCUUGCCCGCAAGACUUGCGAACGCAGUUGACUCGCGAAGAAUAUCUAAAUUUAGUACAUUCGGAAGCCAGUAACUUAGUCGAUAGUAUAUUGGAGCAGAGCGUUUCGAUUGUUAGCUCUUCGCAGCUGCAGGCGAAUGCAGCGAUCGAUACACAGGCUCAGUCGGAGAGCGAACAGUACGCAAUCCGUAGCGAUAUACUGUCGUCUAACGAGGCUGACCUAGUCGUUAAGUCGCCCACCAUAGAGUCUAUGUCAGGCAAGUCUUUCGACGAUAACAUUAGCAAUCCCGACUACGACAGUAGCGAGGCUAUCCAGCAACUAGCCCAAUUCACUGUAGCCCCUACUAGCGGUGACGCGGGAGACGGUGCCGCGCCAACGGUCACCGACACACGGGAAUCCGUUGGCGAUGGCAUUGUCGACGAUGCGGCGCAGAAGGAACGCCGCGCGAAGAAAAUCGAUCGACACUUUGCCCGACUGUCGUCCGAUAUUGAGCCGGAAGCCCUGUUGGACAAAAACCGCGAAUAUGACGAAGCCAUAGCCCAAAUCAAAGAUGAAGUUUCAAUGCUGCAGAGUGAAUUUUCGAAAAUGAGCUGGGAUGAAAGCAUUUCCGCUACUACCGGUGAUUUCGGUUCCAGUACUCCCGAUCACGAUCUGCAAGAAACAGAUACGCAACUUCGAACAGAAAUAACCCUUCCAAAGCCAACGCCCAGAUCGCAAACUAACCUUAUCGCUGAAGCUGAUGCCUCCGCUACAACUACUAGUGUCACUAGCACCACUACCACAAGCUCUGCUGCUGCUGCUGCCUCUUCGCUAACCACUUCCGCUCUGGGUGCCAAGACUACGGAAGAUUAUGCGGCUUCCAUACUGGAAACCGAUCUGGACAAACCGGCAUCAGGCGAUAUGAGUGAACUCUCCAGCAGUCAGGAACCGAUGCCGGUUCCAAAGCCACGAACUAGCAUAUCUUCCCGAACGGACACUCAGACACGAUCGAGUAUUAUCGAGUCUUUCGAUCAACCGGAGGACUCGAUUGAACAGUACCCGGAACCCAGUCAGCAGCGCCAGGAAUCACUGGCAUCGGAAGACUUUUCCGGCAUUGCUCAGAAGGAUGGCGAUUUCGAAACAAGUGAUGAGGACCAGUCAGCUGCAAAGUUUUACAUCGGCGAAAAGAGCACUGACAUUAUUACUCGAUCAACCGCUGACAAACGUGCUGAUUUUGCUUUCGAUAAUAUAGGUUAUGAGUACUCACAAGAAUCUGGUCACGAGGGUGAACCGCUAGUAGAUGACGCAUUCAAAACAUACCGUGACCAAACCAGAAAGGAGGAUGAAUUCACACUGAAAUCGCUGCAAGAAGUCGAGAGUGGCACGGCAUUGGACGCUGAAAUCAAAGCUGAAGUCAUCGAAGUGAUUGAAGGCGUUGCAAGCGAAAGAACUCUCGAACUCGAAUUAGACAGAACGAUCGGUUCGGUUCGACAACCGGUCGUCCACUCCCCUAUUAAACCGCAGGUUGUCACCGUGGUUGAAGGAGCCAAACCCCUGACGCAAAAACCGAGGGAUUCUUCCGAAACACUACUAGAAGAUUCCUCCUCCUUUCAUUACACAAAACGCACAAUCGAUGAAUUGGUUAUAGAGAAAACGCUGGAUGAAGUUAAAGAAUCACUAGAUGCCGUACAGGAGGAACUAAUUGAGUCAGUAAUCGACGGAAAGUUACUGAAACAAUCACCGUCGGAGUUUGAAUUUAAAGUUUUACCUUCUGCCAGAUACAUCCAGGACCCGAUUUACGAAACCCAGCAGGAGGAAGUAACAACGACCACCACGAUCGUACCACAAACCGUAACAACAACCACUAUUUUAUCCGAACCUACUAGCCUAUCUGAAACCAAAACACCAUCUUUUGAGCAAAAAAUAUCCGACACCGAGGACAAAGCACUUUUAAAACCGGGAGAACCAAGUUCCCUAUCAUCUGACAGUUCUCCAGCGAAACUGGAGGUGUCGGCACGUUUACGCGCAACCACUUCACAUGCGAAAGGAAGUCGUUGGUCGGCAACGGAUGUAGAUAGCUCUGGGGAAAGCCACUAUCAAAGCUUUGAACAUACCGACAGUAGCCGACCAUUAUCAUCAGAUGUCGAUAACCUCCUGCAACAGUAUGCAUCGUCUGAAUAUGAAACCGCAAUGGAUCACUCGAUUUUACCGGCAUCAACUGAAUUUCACAGCGCUGUUAGCACGCUGAACUCCUAUAACGUCAGCUCGCACGAUAGCAUGAAAAGUUUCGACUCGGAAAGUUCCGGUAAUUUGGCCAGUGGAGAGUCUGAGGCGACGGAAACCUUGGUUCCUUCUACCAUGGACAUUGACUUCGAUUCCGAGGAUGCAGCACUGCUGCAUGAUGACUCGGAAGAAGACCUACGAGAGAAAUUGAUAGAACAUGAAGAACUUUCUGCAGUGUCCAGUGCAAUACCGGUUGCAAUGAAGCGUUCGCAGGAGAUGAACUUUGCAACCGAUUUAAGCAGUGACUUGCUUGCGGAUUCAUCCGACGUAUUCCAGUUUCAGGAAGAAGCAGAAAGAGUAGCCCAAGCACAAGCAGAACAGCUUAGUUCCAGUAUUGGAACCGCGUUGGAUCUGGUAGAGUCGAUGAAGGCAGCCAGUUUGGAGGACGUCAAGGCCGAGAGCACCGAGGAAGCUAAGCUCGGAACAAGUAUGGAGGACGGCAGCAUUUUAUCCAUCAGUUUAUCCAGCGCAUCUAAUUUGGAAACAAUCAUGGAGAAUUUACCGGAUAAAAUGGACAGUUUACCAACUCACGUCGAGGUUGGAUUAGAUGCGAUAACACCAACUACAAGUGACACAAAGGAAAUCAUCGGUGAUAUAACUCUUACCUCUACAGUCGUCAAAGAAGGGGACAUUAACUUUUUAAACACACAAGCUACAACAGAGAUAAUGUCGGCGGAGUCCGCUGAGGACACUUCUAAAAAACGAGGUCACAAGCGCACUGAAAGUACGAUUCCAGGAAAAUUACUAUCAGAAAUCGCUGCCGAAGCGCGGGACUCAUUAGAUUCACAAGAAGAUUCCAUCUCCCAAGAGGUUGCUACCAAACAAUCCAGCUCAGAGCGUGACGAUAUGCGCGAAGAAUCCUCAGACUCCGAUUAUGAUCGUUACGAGUCUGAGUAUGCGCGAUCGUUCCGAGCUCCGCUGAAUCAAGGACAAAAGAAGAAAAAGGACAUCAAAGCAGACGGGUUCGAGAUGGAAAUGGAGCACGAUCGUAGGAAUUCAUUCUCGCCUUCUAGUGCCGUCAUCGAAACUAUCGUCGAGGACGUUCAUGCGGAGAUCGAACAAGGCAAUGAAGCUCAGAAAAUGAUGGACACGAAACGGGAGGAAUUGCAAGAAUAUCAGCAAUCGUCAGCACAAUGUAUCCCAGACAUUCAAGUGACGGAGGAUAUACAGCAGAUCGAUUUUGAUCAAGAGGAGGUUCCAUCACAGUCACAAAAAGUCGAUACAACAGCAAGCGAACAAAAAAUUCAGUUCGCUAAACAGGAAGAGUUCAAAAUAAGCGAAGAGCAAUACCAGGAGAUGAUAGAGCAGAAGUAUAAAUCCAAGAUGGCUGACGUGGCUGCCAAGUUCGAUUACGAAGCAGAUGAUAAAGACGAUUCAGCUGGUUCCGAUUCAUUUGAAAUGUUGGAGCAACCAGAUAUAUCGGACGAGUUCGUGAUUGUCGAAGAGGUUGCUCGAGAAGCCCAUGAAUGCGACACUGAAGGAAAAAGUGUCUCUAUCAAGCCAGUUAAGAAGGAAAAGAAACACGAUGAGGAAGUUGAAAAGUUACUGGUAAAAUCGGCUCCAGCACACACUAAUGCAGGUUCUUUAUAUGCAAACAUGAGAGAAGAUAUGAUGUAUGAUUUUGAAGAAAGUCCACCAACGGGUAGUGAAGAGGUUGAUCCGAAUGGGGUGACAAUGGACUUGUUGAACAAUGGAUAUCCACUGGAGGAGAGUAAACGCUGGGUUGAAAUGCAGCUGGCUGAGACGCAGAACUUCCGUUAUCCAUUGGAAGAUCGGCUGGAAGAUAUAAAGGAGGAAGAUACUGAUUUUGAAGUAGGUAGCAGCAGAAUUGGAAGCAUUAAAGAUUCAUUUUCCAGCACGCCGGACUACGACUUGUUAGCUAAGCGACUUGCGUCACGAGAACAUGAUGAUAUUUCUAUGAGCAGUUUGCAAGAGUUCGAAAACUUGGAACAUGUUAUUUCUCUGGAAAAUAGAAAAAUGCAACAAGGCUCGCAAGAUUCCUUGAGCAAUGGUAGUUUUACUAGAAGAUUUAUGAGCCGCGGUCAUGGAGACGACAUCAGUUUGUCAAGCUUGAAGGAGUUUGAAGGGUUGGAGUCAGCGUGUUUGGAGGCACAGCGUAUCGAAAUCAAAGCCAAAGAAGAAGCUGCUCUGCUGUCCAGAUCGGACGAAUCAAACAAAUCGGAUAAAUCGACGGGCGCCAAACGAAGUCCACCCACUAAUGGAACCAUUAUCAAGACGUCAUCAUCAGUUAGCACUGUGACAUCUGGACCGGAAAAAAGCACUAUAGUUGAAGUCAAGGCUACAUCCAGUGAAAUCAGUAAGGAUUCUUUGUCAACCACAACAACUGUGACCACGGUUACUACAAUCUCUCAUGAUAGUUCGAUCAGACAUACGUUAGAUGAAGAAGAUACGUCGCACAUGCUGACGGUAUCUACCGAUAGCUUGGACAGAAGUCGAGUACAGAAACAAACCGUCACCAAAGAUAGAUUACCAUCGGCACACUCAAGUAGUGACAGUUUGGAAAUUAACAACAAAAAUAAUGCCGAUGUCAUGACGAGCAGUCUCGAUUCGAUUGAAUUUUCCAAAGCCGGGGCAAUCACUACCAGAUCAUCACAAUCGGAUUCAAUUGAGCAUAUUGCGCAACAGCAAGUACAGCGAAGUGAUAGUACAGAUUCGAUUGAAAUGCAGCAUGGUAUCUCAUCGAGAGCUAGCGAGGUCAAGCGCGAUUCGCUAGACUCGCUACCAUACAGUAUUGAGAAUAAAAGUGGUUUCAGUAGCCCUACAAAACCAGUUGGAAGUCAUCGUGUAACAACUACGGAUGUUCUUGCUGUGGCAGGUUCCAGCAGCAGCCAGUAUACUGCACAAACAGGAAUGACAAAGGAUAUUUCGGUAGACUCCCUAGCGGGACAAGAAGCCUUUUUGACGAGUACCGAAAGCUUGGAGACCAGUUCUACAGCUACAAAUGCGACCUAUCAAAAUGAAACCGACUCGCAGAUGUCAUCCAGCGUUACAAGCUGUGGUUCAAUUACGAUGGUCGACACCCUGGAUAAUGUUGGGGACUUUGAAGGAUUUGGCCUGCAAGAAAACAUAACCUUCAAGAGCACUACGACUGCGUCCAGUUCCAGUUAUUCUGGCCAGCAUCAGCAGCAGCAGCAGCAGCAACAGCAUAUUUCCCAUGUGUAUCGCGGUUCUUCAUCAACAGCAACCACUACGACGAUGGCCAGCGCAACGGGAGAAUUCUCGAUUUCGGAAAUCGAACUGUUAAGUAGACAAAUGUACCCAGGGGAACUAACAUUCGAUGAUGCAAAGGAGUCUGCCAAGGAGAAAUCACAGAGCAAAACGGCUGAAAAAGAUGACUAAAUACAGCAACACACUUCGGUCGAUAGCGUACGAGGAAGUCA